CUGUGUUUGUAAAUCGGAAAAGAAACAACUUUCUUUAUCUGUUUUGUUAUUUAGGGCGGGACGCGGGAGAAUAAAACACAAUAGAAAUAUCACCUUUUCUUUCUUCUUCUUUGUUCGUUUGCGGUCGAAGAACAAGGGUUGUUGUGUGAAGUGAAAAGUAAGAGCUUGAUUUGGAAGACAUGGGAUAUAUUGGUCAACAUGGUGUGAAUGCUUUGCUUAAGUACAAGUAUAGUGGUGUGGAUCACUCUUUGGUCUCCAAAUAUGUCUUGAAUCCCUUCUGGACGCGCUUUGUUAACUUCUUUCCACUAUGGAUGCCCUCAUUUUCAGGCCCAACAUGAUAACACUUACAGGGUUCAUGUUCUUGUCCACAUCUGCGCUGCUCGGCUACAUAUAUUCACCAAGAUUGGAUUCAGCUCCUCCUAGAUGGGUCAAUUUAGCUCAUGGGUUGCUACUUUUUCUAUACCAGACCUUUGACGCUGUUGAUGGGAAACAAGCGAGACGUACCAAUUCCUCUAGUCCACUAGGCGAACUGUUUGACCAUGGAUGUGAUGCGCUUGCAUGUGCGCUUGAAGCUUUGGCCUUUGGGAGCACUGCAAUGAGUGGAAUGAAUACUUUCUGGUUCUGGGUGAUUUCAGCUGUUCCAUUUUACUUUGCAACAUGGGAGCAUUAUUUUACCAAUACCCUAAUACUUCCAGUCUUGAAUGGGCCCACAGAGGGUCUCAUGCUGAUAUAUUUGACUCAUUGUUUCACAGCACUUGUUGGUUCUGAGUGGUGGGCUCAACCAUUUGGAAAGUCUUUGCCUCUUCUGAGUUGGAUCCCUUUUCUAAGUGAAAUUACAAUGUCCAAUGCUGUGUUGUUGCUAAUGAUAGCUUUUGCUGUUAUCCCAACAGUAACAAUCAAUGUUAUGAAUGUGUAUAAGGUCGUUCAGGCUAAGAAAGGCAGCAUGCUAUUGGCACUGGCAAUGCUUUAUCCAUUUGCUGUUCUUUUGGGAGUAGUUUUGGGAUGGGAUUACUUGUCACCAGCAGGCAUCAUGAAGAACUAUCCACAUUUAGUCAUAAUGGGAACCGGGCUUGCUUUUGGGUACCUUGUGGGAAGAAUGAUUCUUGCUCACUUGUGUGAUGAGCCGAAGGGCUUGAAAACUGGAAUGUGCAUGUCAUUGUUGUAUCUCCCAUUUGCCAUUGCAAAUGCACUCACAGCUAGACUGAAUGAUGGCAUCCCAUUGGUUGAUGACAGUUUGGUUCUCCUUGGUUACUGUGCAUUUACAGUGACACUCUAUCUUCACUUUGCAACAUCAGUCAUUCAUGAAAUAACGACAGCCUUGGGAAUAUAUUGCUUCAGGAUAACUAGGAAAGAAGCUUGAGUUCUGGUUGUGUUGACUCUUGGGUCUGUUCUCCACCCAUUCAUUUCCUGCUUUUAUAUAAAGCCGAAUGAUGCAGGCCUAGUGAAGCGACUAAUAUAGAUUUUGUACAACUUUAGUAUGGGAUGCAUUGAUCAAGAUCGAAUUUAUUUUCAUUGUACUGUUGUACCAGAUUACGUUGUUGGCUUUCAGAAUAGAUGGAGCUUAUAGAACUUAUAGCUACGUCUCGUCUUCACUUGUUGAUUCGGAAUUUGUAAAAUAGCAGAUUGAACAUGGCACACAUGCGGCAUGCGUCUUUCAUAAUGUUGGAUGGAUAUGUAUUGACCUUCA